AUCCCAAGCUGCAUCAUGGUGUUCGUCUAUAUCCGCAUCUACUACGCGGCCAAAGCGCGAGCGCGCCGCGGCAUCCGCAAACCGCCGCGGCGACCGCCGCCCGACGACAAGUGCACCUCCUUCACCACGACGCCCGCCUCGCCCGCAGCAGAUAGCGCGUUUGCAGGUGCCGGCGGCAGCGGCGGCGGCGGCGCGUCUCCGCAGCGCGGCCUGGUGGUGCAGGGCGGCGUGACGCUGGAGCACGGGGGCGGCGGGGGAGGUGGCGGCAUCGCCACGAUCGCGCAGCCCGCCUCGGCGCCCGUCGCCAUCCCCAUCGUGACGUGCGACCUCGCGUCCGACCUCAGCAUCAGCGACAACGCGCCCGACAACGGCGACUCCGCGGCCGACGGCGGCCAGGCCUCUGCCACCUGCUACCUGCAGGCGCCCGCCAAGGACACCCUCAGGGUAAGCAGCGCGGGACCGACUCUCACGAUCAAUGAGGGGCCACUGCGUGGGUGCAAGCGAGGCGGCUCGACGCUGUCGGUGAACGGUGACGUGGUGGCGCGCUGCCGGGCGCCCAGCGUCGGCAUCGACACCGACCUCGUCAGCGAGUUCGACCCCUCCAGCUCGGACUCGGGCGUCAUCAGCCGCUGCGCCGUCGUCAAGCCGCUCAAGCUGCGCCUUUGCGAGCCCAUCUUCGGCGGCCGCAAGUCCAAAGCGGCGGGCAAGAGGCCAGGCGUCGAGGUGGUUGCGCCUCAGAAGCCGCGCGACCCCGAGCGUGAGAAGCGCCGCCUGGCCCGGAAGAAGGAGAAGCGCGCCACGCUAAUCCUGGGCCUCAUCAUGGGCUCCUUCAUCGCCUGCUGGCUGCCCUUCUUCUUCCUGUACAUCCUGCUGCCACUGUGUCCCGGCUGCGACAUCCCAGACAGCGCGUUCGCCACCGCCUUCUGGCUCGGCUACACCAACUCGGCGCUCAACCCCGUCAUCUACACCAUCUUCAACAAGGACUUCCGCAGGGCGUUCCGCAGGAUCCUCUUCAAAUGAUGUUUGUUUGUGGUUUGCUGCUGGCUUUGCGCCCGCUGCCGGCGGGGGCGCGAUGCCCAGGGCAAACCCGGAAAAGAUAAGCACCACCAUCAACAUCAGCAGCAGCAGCAUCCGCAGCGGAGGUGAUGUGUCGUCGCCCCGGCUGCAGCGUCCACCACUGGGCCCCCUCACGCGUCGCUAAGCGACGGCGGUGGACGUCAAGUGCAAGCUGUACGCCGCCGAUAGUCACAGCCCGGACGUACAAAGUGACGGCGUCCGAGUCACUGAGCUGUUCAUGUUCCUAGCGGCAUGGAGGAAACCGCAAGAAAAGCUUGGGAUCACAAAACAAAAGAUAAGCCGAGGCGAAACACCAUCUUUAUUAUAACGUGACACGCAUACAGCAAUAACUAGGCUAAGGUGUAGUUUUCGUACAAGUUGCCACCCGCCCCAUAUAAAGAGAAACGCCGCUGUAGAGUACGCGUGUACUGGUGAGUGGAGACAUUAAUUUAAAAUGUGGCCUGUAUCGCCUUGACACUGGACGUGUUUGAGCGAUAAUUUCCUGCGAGGAGUUUGCUUUCGCACUGCCAGCUCUGGCAAUCAGGACAACUUUGUUUCAGUUAUAUAGUUUUACUACACCUGGAAGAAUUAUUCAAGUUAUUCUAAAGAUGGUGUACAAACAUAUUCCUCUAUUACGUUAACAUUAAUGCUGCAAAUACCACAGCCGGAACCAUUAGCUCACUAGAAAACGUUUUCCGAGUCCUCGCGAUCUCAUUGUAAGACAGAACCAACAGGAAAAAAAUUCCAUUCAUUUAAUGUUGUAUCACCUACCUCGGUUGUCCAUGAAAGUGAUUAAAAACUACUAUGAAAUUAUUUGUCCUCAGUCACCCCACGACAGUAGCUAGGCAACACGCAGAAACAGAAUUUGUUGUUUUAUAUUUUGUAUACAGUUUUCCAAAUAUUUCAUACAUCACAUCAGUGAAUGACUAGCAAGUAUCUGAAACACUGAAUCUGGUACAAAAAUCACUAUAAACUUAAAAACACAGCUCAGAAAUUUUUCACAGUGUCAUCGAGACGUGUGCGAUCAGCUUGUUCUGAUGUUAACUCGCUUAUAACCAAAGUCAAUCAAAGAACAGUGUAUGUACCACAUACCAACCGUGUUAGCGUGUCAAAGUUACGCACUUAAUUUACAUGCACCAUGUCAGCAGAAGAUGAAACUAUUGCAUGUUUAGAAUUCUACACAUCAUAACGCCAUAAUAACAACAAAUAAUUCAGAGCAUAUUUUUUU